GUUUUAGUUUAAUAGCAGUAUAAAUUUCAACUUUGCUUAUAAAUAUCCAGUUUACGUCAAACUCGAGGUCAAGGUAUUUGGAAACAAAAAAACCAUGCAUUUUGGUUAUUUGUUUUAGAUUUCUGCACGCUUCACAGUUGUUAAAAGAAUAUUUACAAUGGCAAGUGAAAUAAAGUCUGUGUUGAAAGAUAUUCUAACAAUAAACAUAGAUGACUAUUCUCUUGAAGGGUUAGAAAGUCCCGAAAAAGGUGACGGCUACAUGAGUGACAUAUUAUUUAUUACCUUAACGCCACCCAGAAGCAAACAAUCUAAAAAGUACGAAUUGGUUUGGAAGUGUGGUAAAAAAAGCAAAGUGUUACGGGCAACGACUCCCGUAAGGCAAACAUUUAUGACGGAAAUAUUCUUUUACGAUAAAAUAAUCCCCACAUUUACACAGUUUCAACUAGAAAAAGGGAUUCGUGAUGCUUUCAACAGUGUUCCAAAGUGUUACGGAACAUUUAUUGCUGAGGAGAUGGAAGUAAUUGUUCUCAAAAAUUUGAAAAGGAGCGGCUAUAACUUAUGGGAUAAGAAAAAGCCGUUAACGAAAAAACACAUCGAGUUAAUACUAGAAGAAUAUGCAAAAUUGCAUUCCGUUUCAGUUGCUAUGAGUGAGCAAGAUCCAGAAAAAUUUGCAGAAUUAAGGGAGGGUUUGGGCGAAACGUUGAAAGAGUUUACCAAAGCAAACGACAUGAAUGCACUUUUUGGUACAAAUAUAAUAGAACUAUAUGAUUUACUUAAAGGUGAUCUGGAUGAACGUACGUUAGAAACGUGGAAAGGUUUAUAUGAUCAAACGUAUUUCAUUCUCGAUGGGAUGGUAGACAAAAAGGAGGGAUUAAAAGUGGUUGUCCAUGGUGACUCCUGGUGCAACAAUUUCAUGUUUAAAUAUAAUGACGACGAAACUUCACCAGUGAAUGUUGUUAUGUUUGACUGGCAAAUUUCAACAGUUUCAUCACCAAUUUUUGAUCUGUCGUAUCUUAUUUUUGCUGGCAUAUCAAAUGAAGAUGUAGAAUGUAUUAACGAUCUUUUAAAUCGUUAUUAUGAGCAACUAAAAUUCUACUCGAGUCGGCUCGGUACAAGUUUGGAUAAGUUGUAUACAAAGGAGCAGUUUCUAGGUGAAUGGAAAAAAUAUUCCAAGUAUGGUAUCAUUUUUGCGUGUUUGGUACACAAAAUAUGCGUCACUGAAAAAGAUGAAGUUAUUGAUGUAGCUAAUGCUGCUGAUGGUGGCAAAGAUUUUUCUAACGCGUUUUGUUAUGAUGUUAAAAAUAAAACUGCUUUUAAAAAUAGGUCAAGACAUGUUGUAAAGUACGUAGUAGAAAAUCAGUUAGUUUAAUUAAGUGCAGAAUAUAGAUGAGUAAUAAUAUUGCUGUAAUAAACAUGGGUGUUUGCACAAAGUUACUACAUUUUAUUGAACCUUGAUUGUAAUAAAGAGAUUCUGGAGACAGUCCCUAUUUGUCAAAAUACAUAAAACUUUUUUUAUAUUUAACAACUCAAAGUUCAAUGUUAUCAUUUUGACUAAAACGUUUAUGCCAUAAUCUUUGCCAUUUCGAUUGAAAAACCACUUGUUAAUCGUAAAUUUGGCAACGUUUGUAUUCAGACAAUUUUCUAACUACAAACCGUUGUCAAUCAACCGGAAGCUGUUACCAAUUGCUAAAUUUUAAGCAAAAUCAACAGGUGGUGUUUCAAUAGAAAUGACAAAGAUAAUACCUAAACUAAUCUGAUUAUGAUUGUAUUAAGUACCUCUCAUAUAUUAAUUACAUAAAUUAAAGUUU